AUGCACGCGGUCGAAACACUACGAACGCAAAUCAAAAACUCACUCUUCCCCAACCCCCCACUCACCCGAUUCUAUCCCGCAGAACAGCUCCCAGAGCCCACAGGACAGCUCAGGGAUUUCAGCAUUCGACAAGAACGGAGAAGAGCGCUAAUUGCACGGGAACUGGCGCGCUUUAAGGUGGACUUCGCCGCACUCAGUGAAACCCGCUACUCCGGCGAAGGUUCCAUAAAAGAGGUGGAUGCCGGCUACACCUUCUUCUAUGUGGGCCGUCCGGUGGCAGAGAGA